CUGAAUGAAACAAAAUUACAUUGUUUAAUAAGGUUGUACAAAAUACGAGAUGCAAGAUUUGUAUAAUAUAAUUUUAACUAGUAAAUUUCUGAUUUGGAUUAAUAAUAAUAAUUUAAAAAGAAAAACAAUUGUUUGCUCGUAGAGUUGAAUUAUACAUUUUUUAUCACAGUGACGCAACAAAAUCAGCAAAAUCCUUUGCGAAGUUUGAGGAAUUGUGGGUCAAAAUGGGGGAGGAGUUGGAAAAGACUGCGUUUCCACCUCCUAACAUUCCAUCCCCUCCCUCUCCAAGUUACCACUCCACAUUGCAACUCAUAGGAGCAACAACACCUGUAGUAAAUGAGUCUGAAAAUUCGUCUUUGAGCGUACCAUUUCAAAGACCCUUAACCCCCAUCCCUGAAAGUGAAUUAAACUUUCAUGGCAGCUACGCACCAGCAGUUGAAAGUCCAAAUAGUUAUUCCCCUGCCGACGACUCAAACUACCCACCAACAUUGAAUUCUGGAUUGGUGAUUGAUGAGGAGCCCUUAUCAUUUCGCGAUGUAGAGGACUCCGUUUUGACCACCUACGGUAAUAAAUUAAUACCUUUUUUUCUUCUUUUGUUUAAGUAAACACCAAGUUUAUAUCUUUUUUUUUUUCAUUUUUCUAAUUACUUAACUAUUACCUUGAUUACCAUUGUAUUUACACUAUUGCAAAGUUAAUACAUAGGAAAAGUAAUUCCCCGGAAACCAUCUAUGUAAUUUAAAAAGUAAACUUAGUAAAUAACGUUUUUAUUCAUGUUAAUUGUAGGCGAAGAAAUCCAGAGAAACAUCAACAAUUAGAAAAACGGAUGAGGGAGCCGUUAAAAUCUGUCCAGAACUGUGAAGAGCAGAUGAUAUUGAUGAUUACACUUCUGGAAAGAGUUACCAAGGAUGUUGCACAAAUAAAAAUUAUCAUGAAUUAUUUGGAGAAUCAGUUGCAGAAGUCGCACCAGAAAAGAGUAACAUUUAUGACCUUGUAAAUUGUUGUCCAAGGACCUGUGUAUCAGUUUUACUUAUGGGUAGAUUAUUAGAGACUGUGUUCAAAAUAUCCACGUGUGUUUAAUUUACAUAUCAUAACAUAUAAAAAUUUUUACUGAGAAUUAACACUUUUAUAUCUUGUU